CAGUCCGUGUUGUGCACCUGUUGGGCCAGGACGAGACCCUCCGCGGACAAAGUGCGACGGACGCUUCUUACCAAGAGUGCGCGGGAAAUAAAGCUGAAUUUGGCGUGCCUCCAGAUACUGUAUACAGGUCCCCUGCGAUCGGCCUAAGUAUGAGAUGUUUAUUAUUGGCCAUUGCAGUUUGUCUUCGCGCAACGACGGGUCAAGCGGCGGCGGUGGCACAGAGGGACCUGCUCGUUGUGGACAGGUUUGGGAACUGCGACAACUCGGAGCGGAUCGCGCCCUUGAUAAGUGCAGAAGUCGUCACCUUAAAGCCUGGGAUCACCGUCGUGCGUGCCUCCGCCAACAUAUCCAAGGAGGUCGAUCAAAACUUGCUCGAGGUGGAGACGUUUAUCUGCGACAUCCAAGCGCACGACAGCUGCGUCCAAUUCCUCAACUGGAAGAAAGACACUGGAGUCUGUGCGAUGGCGACUGCGAAAGGCAUGCUGUGGUCACCUCUUUUCAACGUUCGACCUCCGCUUCGUUGCCCAGUGAUUGCCAAGGGCCUCUAUCAUAUCGAGAACGGUACAUUCGACAUGAACAAGAUGCAAAUGAUCUCCUUGCCAAAAAAUAAGUACGUUCGCAUCAAGAUUUCAACGUUCGCACCGAAGAAAAUACCGUACCUUUGCGUCAUCAUGGGCGGAAUCUUCAGAUCGGUCAAAGUGUGAAUAAUGUGAUUUCCUUCGUGACGAAAA